UUGGAAAAGGCAAUUUAGCCACAAUUAAGCCACUUUGUUCAUUUGGAGUUGCUUAUAAUAGUUUGUUUAAAAUUUUAACAACUUCCAAAGACGACUUGGUUUGGAACACUGCUAGCGCUAGUCAAGUUUUCCACGUACUAGCUGUUUUAGGGAACCCAGUGGUAUGGUAUUUCGGGCGCACAGCCACACUGCACUGCUCUGCCGCAGCUGAAGUCGCGUUCUCUCGUUUAUCGCCGUCGUCUUCCACGCACAUUCGUCGCCUUUUCUUCUCCGUUCGUCCGUCGACUACUUGUGCCAUUUGUUUUGAAUAUUCCGAGCGAAUUCGACGCGCCCGCUGAAGUCGCAUUGCCAAAAGAAAAAAAAUAUCGGGGGCCGUAAAUAUACAUAAUAUCGUUAACAAGUGUGUGGGGGCCGAUUUCGCAGCGAUAUUGUUUAGUUUUGUUUGAAACAUAAACACAACACACUCGGUUGUUUAUCGUGCAUUUAAAGUUUCCCGCAAACGGAAAUCUGUGCUUUUUCCAGUUGUGCCAAUACUAGCAGGAGGGGAAAAGUGCAUCUCUACAAAGAUUAUUGGUCCAUCAAGUUAAAUCAAAAUAGCAAUCCGCCGCUCAACACACCGCUGAAUGUCCGAAAAUAAAGGCAUCAUGCUGGCCAAAUCAGUUCAAAAACACGCAGGACGUGCCAAGGAGAAGAUUCUACAGAACUUGGGCAAAGUCGAUCGCACCGCAGAUGAAAUCUUCGACGAUCACCUGAACAACUUCAAUCGCCAGCAGGCUAGUGCCAACAGAUUACAAAAGGAGUUCAAUAACUACAUAAGAUGUGUUCGCGCCGCACAAGCCGCCUCCAAGACUCUGAUGGAUUCCGUUUGCGAGAUCUACGAGCCACAGUGGAGCGGCUACGAUGCCCUGCAAGCACAGACGGGUGCCUCGGAAAGUCUGUGGGCGGACUUUGCGCACAAAUUGGGGGACCAAGUCCUCAUACCGCUCAACACAUACACCGGACAGUUUCCCGAAAUGAAGAAAAAAGUGGAGAAGCGCAACCGCAAGCUGAUUGACUACGAUGGCCAACGACACUCUUUCCAGAAUCUGCAGGCCAAUGCCAACAAGCGCAAAGAUGAUGUCAAACUAACCAAAGGACGCGAGCAGCUGGAGGAAGCCAGACGCACCUACGAAAUCCUGAACACGGAACUGCACGACGAGCUGCCCGCCUUAUACGACUCCAGGAUACUGUUCCUGGUCACCAACUUGCAGACGCUCUUCGCCACAGAGCAAGUGUUCCACAACGAAACGGCCAAGAUUUAUUCGGAACUGGAGGCAAUCGUCGACAAAUUGGCCACAGAAUCGCAGCGCGGCUCCAAUACGCUACGCAAGCAAACAAGCAAUCCCAUCAAGACAUCGAGCCCAGUGCAGUCGCCAGUGAAUAAGUUAAACAAUGCCAACAUCAACAGCAACUAUCAGAAUCAGAUCACUACAAACGGUGGCUCCAGUUUGGCAAACAGCCCGACAUCCACCAGCUCGUCGCUGCAAGAGCCUCGAUUUGAUUCAGUUUCUUCAACACCAGAACCACGCCCGGAAUCCCCAGCAGCAGCACUAGUAGCGGCCACGCCCACCAGUCCCACGGAGAAUGGGCUAACCACCAAGUCACUGGAGCGUCCCGAGCUCAGUGGUCUGAAUGCGAGUGCCAAGGCAACCACAACCACGCAGACAUCGCCCACGGAGGAGAAGGCGGUGGUCAGUGAAGCAGUGAAGCCAUCGGAAACCGAGGGAGCAGCGGCAGCUCCACCUGCAGCAGCAGCAGUAGCAGCAUCUGCGACACCUGCCCCACCAGCAGCGACACCUGUCCAAAUCAAUGGCAACAACAAUGAACCCUCGAUUACCAAGGAAGGUGGCAAACAGCCCAAGGAGCUGCCAUCCACCACAUCCAAUGCAGAAGCUGCUGCCGAGGCGGCGGCCAACAACGGCAAUUCCAUCGAGGAGCACAAGCAGAAGAAACUAGGUAAUGACACAACAGUCACAGCCACAGGCACAGCCACAGCCACAGAAACAGUAACAGUCACCCAGCACAACCCAGUUACAUCAACAGAUACAGAUAAUACAGAUAAAGUAACCAUAUCAGAUACAGAUAAAAGUACUAAGAGCAGCACAGGCACUAGUCAGAAAGGUAGACCAGUACCAGUAGUUAAUAGGCACAGCGUAAAUAAUCUUAAUAAGAAUCCGUUCGAGGAUGACGACGAACGCAUCUACGAGGUGCCCGCUGAUGCCAACACUGCUGACUUGCCGGCCGGAGUUCUUUACCGGGUGAAGGCCACCUAUGGCUACGCCAAGGAGGAUGUGGAUGAACUGAGCUUCGAGAUCGGUGACCUUAUUCGCGUUAUUGAGUACGACGAUCCCGAGGAUCAGGAGGAGGGCUGGCUGAUGGGUCAGAAGGAGGGCACCAACGAGAAGGGACUCUUCCCCGCCAACUUCACGCGUCCCAUCUGAAGUGACGAGCUGGGGAGCAACUAACUGGGCUAGCAACGAACCAUCAGCAGCUUCAGAUGAACCAUAAAAAUCUUUACGAACGGAGGUCCAAAAUCCAAUACAAACUUUCGGCCAAAUUUUCUUUUGUGAGCGCUGCUUUUGUUUUUGUCCAAUUAAUAAAUUCUUGUUUUGUGAAAUGUA